AACUCGACUCGACUCCCUCAUCUCUCUCUCUCUCUCUCUCUCUCUCUACUGUGGAGAUUGCGCCUGCAAAUUGCAUCUCCAUAGCCGAUCUGCAAUGUGAAGGAUAUCUCGCUGCUGGCACCGGCUCCAUGGACUUCUCCAAUCUGCAGUCCAGAGCCUCCUCCUCUUCUUCUUCUUCUUCUUCUUCUUCUUCAUCAUCCUCCUCUUCCUACAUCCCUCCUCACCGCACGCAGCUCCACCCCCGCAUGCACUCCUUCUCCCCUCCCCCCUUCCCUCCCCAGCCGCCGCAGCCUCAGAAAUCCCGCCCCAAGCUCCUCGUCCUCGCGGCCGCCGCCCUCUUCUGCGUCGCCCCCUUCCUCUACUACAUCUUCGCCACCGCCCUCAGCGUCCACGGCUCCUCCAAGUUCGCCGAUCCGAGCCCCGGGUUCCACGGCCUCGUCAUCAAUGCCGCCCCCUCCGGCUCGAGCAUCCACGUCUUCGAGUUCUACAGCGAGGGGGCGCUCCCGUCCGUGGCCGUCGACGGAUCGGGGACCGAGUCCGAGAGGGUCCGGCCGGGUUUGGCGGCGUUCGCGGACGACCCGGGGGCCGCGGGCCGGUCGAUCUCGGAGCUGAUCAAGUUCGCCAAGCGGCGGGUAAGGAAGAAGGACAGGGCGAAGACGAAGGUUGUGUUGGCGGUGAGCGGCGGGUUGGAGGGGUUGAGUCCCAUGGUGAGAGGGCGGAUAGUGGAGUCGUGCAGGCGAGUCCUGAGGAAGUCUGGAUUUAUGUUUAGAGAUGAGUGGGCGCGAGUGAUCACAGGGGAAGAUGAAGGGGUUUUUUCUUGGGUUGCCGUAAAUUACAUUCUUGGAACCUUGGGAAGUGAAUCUGAAGAUACCAUCGGGACAGUCGAACUUGGUGGCCGUUCUAUGGAGGUUACAUUUGCUCCUAGAGAAUCAACGCAACUGCAAACUUCCCGAGUUGUCAAAUUGGGUGGAACUACCUACAAUCUCUACACGCUAAGCUUGCAACAAUUUGGUCAGGAUGAUGCUUGGCGAUCUGAACUUCACAAUUCUGGGGAGCUGAGAACUGCUUCAAGUUCAAAUGAUAAACACGUCAUGAACCCAUGCUUUCCCAGAGGAUAUGGGCUGACAUCAAAAGUGAGAGAUGCAGAGUCUCUGACAUCAAAAGUGAGAGAUGCAGAGUCUCUGACAUCAUAUCCUGCUGGAAACUAUUCUGCCUGCAAAAAUGAUGCCUUGGCACUUUUGAGAACAAGAAAAGAUAAAUGCUCUCACCCACCCUGCAAUAUUCUCCUUUCUUCUAUUGGGAAUCUACAGGGCAGUGCAAUUCCUCUUGAAAGAUUCUAUUAUACAUCUGAGUUUUUUGGGAUGUUCUCUAGGGAGGGUUUGUUUGACUUGAAGCUAGCUGGUGAACGUUAUUGCGCUGAUGAUGAUUGGGGCAAAUUGAGAAACAAGCAAAAUAGCAUGGAAGACCUGGAUUUGUCCAGAUAUUGUUUCUCUUCGGCUUAUGUGGUGGCUCUACUGCAUGACAGUCUCGGAAUCCCUUUUGAUGAUAAAAGGGUCCAUUCUGCAAAUAGAACUGGAAGCAUUCCAUUUGACUGGACUCUGGGAGCUUAUGUUGUCCUGACGAUGCAGGAUGCUGUUGCACAUGAAUCCGAUAACUUUGGGGAAAUUGUUGGAAAUGAGUCAGUCACCUACUUUUCAUUAUUUGCUGUACUUUUGAUAGUUGUACUUGCUGCAUUUCUCAUUUCGCAAUGGCAAAAACCACAGUUAAAGACAAUUUAUGAUCUGGAGAAGGGGCACUAUAUAGUAACACGUGUGCCUAGGUAACUAGUUAGUCUUUUUUUAUUUAUUUCUUAAGCCUGUACAUUCUUAUGGAGGGAUUGGUCAAGAGAGGACAUAAGCAGAGCAGGGCGCAGCAUUGAGCAAUGCAUGGGAAAUUGCUUCCGGGGACAAAACAGAAAGCUCGUCCAAAGUCCGAACAAAGCAAAGAAAUAUCAGGAUCUGCAGUUAUUUAUUGGUGUCAGCCAGAUUUUGUGAUUAUGAAUGAAUACGUAUAAAAGUUUUUGCUUGGUUCCUUGC